AUGGGAUGUGUUGGCGAUGAUUUCGAAAAGCAGAACUUGAUCCAAUUGGCCGAAUCUGCAGGUCUUGAUGUCAAGUAUCAGACUCAUCCUAAAUUGACAACAGGAAGAUGUGCCGUCUUAAUCAAUUCUCGUGAUCAAGUUCGAACCAUGGUUGCAAGUCUUGGCGCAUCAGAGGCCUUCACAGCCGAUUUUCUUGAUGAGAGAGAGAAUUGGGGCGUAAUUGAACAAGCUCAAAUUCUUUGCUCAGAAGGUUUCUUUUUGGUAUCAUGUCGUGAAGCAUUUAUGCGUGUAUGUGAGCAUGCAUUCAAAAUGGGCAAGAUUUUCAGUAUGACUUUAUCGGCAAAAUUUAUCUGCGAUGAUCCAAUUGGAGUUCGUUUAUUGAGUGCAUUACCCUAUGCUGAUGUGGUUUUCGGAUAUGAAGACGAAGCGAAAGUUCUUGCUAAAACUCAACUCCAUGUUCAGUCCUCCAGCUUAAAUGCUGUUCUCGAAGCCAUUCGUGACACUCCGAAAUGGAAUCGAAAUCGACCACGGGUCAUUGUCGUAACAAAAAUUCCUGAGCGGACAACAGUUGCAACAGUUGAUGGUAUUAAAGAAUAUCGAUGGAAAAAACCUUCAAAAAUCGUCGAUACACAUGGCUGUGGUGAUGCAUUAGCCGGAGGAUUUCUUGCUUAUCUGGCUUUGGGCAAGAGCGUGGAUCAAUGUGCCCAUGCUGGCUUAUAUUGUGCCUUCGAAAAUCUGCAGCAACUUGGUUGUCAGUUUCCGCCCAAACCAUCUUACAAUGGCUAG